GGGAUAUUGAUGUUGUCGUUUCAAUGAACAAGGCAAAAAGCCUGAUCUGGACAGUGAUGGUGCAGAGAUGGCAGGAGCAGUGGAAUAGAGAUACUAAGGGCAGACAUGUAUUUAUUUUAGGUACAGAGAAGUCGGGGAGGACGAGAGGAUGUGACAGAAGAGAGGAGGCUAUUUUUUUUGUUUACAUGAUUACGAGUGGGACACAGUCGGUUGAAUAAGACUUUACAUGUGAUAGGAAAGGAUCCAACAGGAAAGUGUGAUUAUUGCCAGAAGGCAGAGACCGUGGCGCAUGUGUAGUUACAGUAUUGGCAGUAUCGGAGGGAAAGAGAGAGGCUGAGGUCUAAUGAGAGAGAGAGAGAAGGGGACACAGCAAAUGAAAUAGUAUAUUGUAGAACGUAAUUAGAUGUAGUCUCAUAUGUUAUAUUUUUUUUAAGAGCAACUAGGCGGGCAGGUCGUGAGAUGGAGGCGAUGGAGGUGGACUUGCAGCUGGGGGGCCCCAGUAGGGAGCCAGAUGUUGUGGCAGACCAGGUAGAUCUCCCUAUCAUCAUCCCUGACUCUGGCAGUGAAACAGAGGACGAGGCAGACGCAGCUCCCUGUGACCCACCGCGGCUCCCGAACACCUGGGCGUUCAGUCAGAACAGAGUCAGAGUGGAGGGUCAACUUGGAUCCAGGAUCAGAAUGGAGGGUCAUAUUGAGCCCAGGGUCACCACAGCAGCCACCCUGAGGCAGCGGCGAGCCAGGCCAGGCCUCGGGGAGCACAACUCCACCCAGACCGCUGCUCGUGCUAGCAGCUUCCUCGAUUUCCUGCUGCGAGUCCCUGCAGCCAACCAGGCCGAGGGCGACUCUGGGAGUACGACGGAGGUGAGCGAGUCGGAGGAUGAGGCAGAUCCCCCGGGGCCAGCAGCAGACCCUCCCAACUCGGCCGUUCCCUCCAGCCAUCGUCCAAACUCUACAGUUGCAGUCACGCAACCCGAAGGCCUUUAUUCUUCAGAUUAUAAUGCAACCACAGAGGCUGCGAGGACCGUGACUGGAAAUCAAGUGAAUCCUGAGGUUGUAUCAGACCCACUAGCCUCCAGUGCACCGGCCCUUCGAUUGUCCCAGGGGGACGAGGGGGAAGGGGAGACCUGCUCCAUCUGCUUUGAGCCCUGGACCACGUCAGGGGAGCAUCGGCUGGCCACCCUGCGCUGCGGACAUCUCUUUGGCUACACCUGCAUCGACCGCUGGGUGAAGGGCCAGGGCCAGGGAGCCAAGUGUCCCCAGUGUAACAAGAAGGCCAAGCGCGCCGAUAUCGUCCUCCUGUACGCGCGCAAGCUGAGGGCUCUGGAUAACACUGAGCAGGAGAGUAUGAAGAGGUCACUGGAGCAAGAGCAUUCACUGCGUCGAAAGGCUGAACUGGAGUCAGCGCAGUGCCGACUACAACUGCAGGUGAUGACAGACGAAUGUGGGAAACUGCACAAGCAGCUACAGGAGCUGAAGACGCUGAUGGCCCAGCCUGGCUGUGGGCCCUCUCAGAGCUCAAGGGCCUCUCUCUCUGGGCUCUCUCAGAGACAGGACAGCACCCAGGGGGGCCACUACGUCUUCUUCACGGCCGUGCUGGUGUCCCAGGUGGGGGGAUGCAGGGUGCUGUCCUACUGUGAACCCCUCAGCUGCCUGCUGGCCUCUCAGCCCUCCCCACACACUACCCUGGUGCCCGGCUGCGGGGUGAAGAAGGUGAGCACAGGGAAUCUGAAGGCCUGCCAGUACAUUCCCAUCCAUGUCAAACAGAUCAGAGGCCUGGCCUUCAACAGACAGGCCGACAGCCUCCUGCUCUCCGCUGCCCUGGACAACACCAUAAAACUCACCAGUCUAAUGACCAACACAGUGGUGCAGACCUACAAUACAGGUAAACCAGUGUGGAGCUGCUGCUGGUGCCUGGACAACAACAACUAUGUGUAUGCUGGUCUCAGUAACGGCUCCGUGCUGGUGUAUGACACCAGGGACACCAGCACACAUGUCCAGGAGCUACAGCCGCUAGGUUCCAGGUGUCCCGUGGCAUCCCUGUCCUAUGUGCCUCGCGCCGCCUCCAGCUCGUUCCCAUGUGGUGGCCUCAUCGCAGGCUCUCUGGAUGGGGGCUGCUUCUGGGAGCAAGUAGAUGGGACCACUUACAGACCCCACAUGUUGCCCCUGGAGACAGGAGGCUGCACAGACAUCCAGGUGCAGCCAGAGAGCAGACACUGUUUGGUCACCUACAGACCAGGGCGCUCCAAGCCAUUGCUGCGCUGUGUUCUGAUGGAGCUGAACAGGACCCCCCAGCAGGACGCAGCUCAGGAACCUUCGUGUUCCUGCUACCCAGUCCAGACAUUCAGCGCUGGCUCCUCCUGCAAGCUGCUCACCAAGAAUGCCGUGUUCAGAAGCCCGGCCGGGGAGGGCUCCACUCUGGUGUGUGCCGGGGACGAGGCCACCAACUCCACCAUGGUGUGGGAUGCAGGGAGUGGAUCCCUGAUUCAGAAGUUGUCUGCUGACCUCCCAGUGUUGGACAUCUGCCCAUUUGAGGUCAACCAGGGCAGUUACCUGGCCUCUCUCACUGAGAAGAUGCUCAAAAUUUACAAGUGGGAAUGAGGAGGAAUUAUGGAGGACACCACCAGCAUAGAACAUGUAUGAGUAGCGUGGCUGCUGCACUGUAUAAAUGGUAUCCAUUUAGUACAGCCUUUUCUUACCCGAAGCCACUACAGAUAAGCCUUUAUUGGGUUUGCAUUGCGGUAGCAGGACUGGAGAGCCAUCACACUGCUGCAGUGUUAUGAAGGAACUGAUAACUGGAGUGCCUGUACAGAUACACUUCUGCCCUAAAUGUUUACAUUAACAAUCAGAAAACAUCCUAUCAAAAAAUGGACUUUUGCUUUCUUGUUUUUUGAUGCAUGUGAUGAUCAGUUAGUGUUGUCAGUUAACCAUGAUGCCGACGAAUUUUUCAAUGUUUCAUCUCUGGUGUUAGAUGGCUCCAUGGAUGAAAAUCAGGACCUCAAUGGCUUGUUACAUUUCCUGGAUUCUGAUUGGCACAACUGAUCAACAAGCUGCAUUAAAUAAAAACGUUUUUUUUUAAUUUUCCGGGUUGGGUAUUAUUGUUUAAUUUUCCAUAUUAAAGUUCAAGGAAAUUGUGUAUAUACAUGUAUAUUUUAACAAAUGUUUGUGUAUAAUUUGUAAUGUAAUAAAAUAUAAAUCAUUAGUUAUUUUUCAUCUUGACUUGUGAUUGUGCCUCACCUGCAGGUUCAAUGUUUAAUGCCAUUGUUAUUUUCAUAAACCUUUUUUUCACAAA